AUCAUCACAAAUGUGAAAAAUGCAGUCCAUGGCUUCAAAAAACUGCAUGGAAGAGCGUUUGAAGAUCCUUACAUCCAAGCUGAGAGGGCCAAACUUCCCUAUGAGCUUCAGAAGAUGCCAAAUGGCUCUGUAGGAGUGAAGGUGAGGUACCUGGAUGAAGAGAGACUGUUUGCAGUGGAACAGAUCACAGGAAUGCUGCUGGCCAAGCUGAAGGAGACUUCAGAAAGUGCUUUGAAGAAACCAGUGGCUGACUGUGUGAUUUCAGUCCCCAGUUUCUUCACUGAUGCUGAAAGAAGGUCUGUAAUGGCAGCUGCACAGAUUGCAGGAUUAAAUUGUCUGAAGCUGAUGAAUGAAACUACAGCAGUUGCAUUAGCCUAUGGAAUAUACAAGCAAGAUCUGCCAGCCUUGGAAGAGAAGCCAAGAAAUGUGGUCUUUGUAGAUAUGGGGCAUUCUGCAUAUCAGGUUUCCAUCUGUGCUUUUAACAAGGGAAAACUGAAGGUCUUGGCCACUACCUUUGACCCUUUCGUAGGUGGCAGGAAUUUUGAUGAGGCUUUGGUAGAUUACUUCUCUGAAGAAUUUAGGACAAAAUACAAGCUGAAUGUCAAGGAGAACCCCCGAGCCCUGCUGCGAUUGUACCAGGAAUGUGAGAAGCUCAAGAAGCUGAUGAGCGCCAACGCCUCCGACCUUCCCCUCAACAUCGAGUGCUUCAUGAACGACCUGGAUGUCUCCAGCAAGAUGAACAGAGCUCAGUUCGAGCAGCUGUGUGCUGCCCUUCUGGCCAGAGUGGAGCCUCCUCUAAGAGCAGCCAUGGAUCAAGCCAAGCUUCAGCGUGAAGAUAUCUACAGUAUAGAAAUAGUAGGUGGGGCUACUAGAAUUCCAGCAGUGAAGGAACAGAUCUCUAACUUUUUCUGUAAAGAGAUAAGCACCACGCUAAAUGCUGAUGAAGCUGUUGCAAGAGGCUGUGCCUUGCAGUGUGCAAUUCUUUCUCCAGCUUUUAAAGUGCGUGAGUUUUCCAUCACAGAUGUUGUUCCUUACUCUAUAACAUUGAGAUGGAAAUCAUCUUAUGAAGAAGGAACAGGGGAGUGUGAAGUCUUCAGUAAGAACCAUGCUGCUCCAUUCUCAAAAGUAAUUACCUUCCACAAGAAGGAGCCUUUUGACUUGGAAGCUUAUUAUACCCAUCCACAUGAAGUGCCUUAUCCUGAUUCCAGAAUAGGGCGUUUCACUAUUCAGAAUGUGAGUCCCCAGCACGACGGCGACAACUCCAAGGUGAAGGUGAAGGUGCGAGUCAACAUCCACGGUUUGUUCAGCGUGGCCAGCGCCUCCAUCAUCGAGAAGCUGAGCGUGGAGGGCGAGCACAACGACACCCCCAUGGACACCGAGUCUGCAAGUAAGAACCAAGGCAGAGAUGAGGAGCUGGAUAAAAUGCAGGUUGAUCAAGACGAGGGUGUGCAGAAAAGUCAAACUGAACAACAGAACCAGGCAGAUGAGGAGACUGAAAAUGCUGGAAAUGAAACAAAGGCUGCUUCUGGAGAGAAGCAAGAUCAUCCCUCCCAGCCAAAGGCUAAAACAAAAGUUAAGAGUAUUGACCUCCCUAUACAGGCAAGCCUCUGUAGGCAGCUGGGACAAGAUCUGAUCAAUUCCUAUAUAGAAAAUGAGGGGAAGAUGAUGAUGCAGGACAAGCUGGAGAAGGAACGAAAUGAUGCUAAGAAUGCUGUUGAAGAAUAUGUGUAUGAAUUCAGAGACAAGCUGUGUGGAGCCUUUGAGAAAUUCAUCACUGAAGAAGACUCAAACAAGCUGACCUUGAUGCUGGAGGACACAGAAAACUGGCUUUAUGAAGAUGGAGAGGACCAGCCAAAACAAGUAUACAUGGAUAAGCUUCAGGAAUUAAAAAAAUUUGGACAGCCUAUCCAGGAAAGAUGCAUAGAACAUGAAGAAAGACCAAAAGUUCUAAAUGAACUGGGGAAGAAGAUUCAGCUCCUUAUGAAAGCAGUAGAAGCAUACAAAAAUAAGGAUGAAAAAUAUGACCACCUAGAUCCUGCUGAGAUGGAGAAAGUUGAAAAAUACAUUAAUGAGGCUAUGAAUUGGUUGAACAGCAAAAUGAAUGCCCAGAACAAACUCAGUCUAACUCAGGAUCCAGUUGUCAAAGUGGCAGAAAUACUUGCAAAAUCUAAGGAGUUGGACAGCUUCUGUAACCCCAUUCUGUCCAAGCCCAAGCCGAAGAUAGAAGCUCCCAGUGAGGGGCAGGCCAAAGCUAACGGGGAGCACAACGGGCCCGUGAACGGACAGAGCGCUGCCGAAAGCAAGCCCGAAGCGGCCAAGGACAACCCCCAGCAGACCAAACCCCCCGGGGAAAUGGAAGUGGACUAAACCUUGCAUUUCUUUUACUUCAUUAAAAUAGUGCAAGUAACCACAGGGUCCAUUCUUUUUGUCUGGUACACACCUCAGAUGUUCAGUUAUUCUUAGCCAAACUUCUGUCAUUUGUUGCUGAGUAGUUUUGAAAGUGUUUUAUAUUAAGUACACCUCUGAUGUUCAUUUCCACUGAUGCUGCUUAUGUGGAGCUUUAGCCAAAUGUAGAUUGUAUAAGUCAGUUGAAGCUUUCCCAAUAUAUUUUAUAUCAAACAUACAGAAUUGAUAUAUAAAUGGCAACAAUCUACCUUAUUUAAAGCUUUUAUUGUGGAUAAACCUCAGCUCCUUUAUUCAGGAAAGGAUACUGUAUUGCACUACUGAUGCUCAAGUGUAGAUCUAAUCGCAUCUUUAUUUUGGAAAAAUAUUGGAAUCGAAGUGGCAAACCCUGUCACUUCAAGCACUGACCUUUUCUAGUUAAUGUAUUGUUAUAAUUUAAAUAUUAAAUAGAGGUUAGUUGGCAUACCAGUCCAUCUUGUUGAUGUACCAUGAGAAUUGUAAGGUCUUUUUCAUAGGAAUUAAUCUGAGCUUAAGCGUUUUUUGGGUUCCCAUGCCACUACCAGUGUUGACUGCAGACUGCUCCAGCCCCGUGGCUCUGCUGGGUGCUGGAAUCCCUGGGCUCUGCACAUUGCUGUACAUGCCCUGCUGAGCUUAGGACAGGGUGGUGCUGGUGAGAACAGCAUGACAGGGGACAACAUCCAUGGCCUGCUGCGUAGCUUUCCCUUGAAAAUGUCUUAUUGCACAUGGAACUAUUGACACUUCUUUUGUUUUGAGUUCAAUUUUCAUCUGAUUGUAUCUCAUCCUGGGGAGGAGAAGCAACAGAAACAGUGCUGUGCAAACUGGGUAUCAGCACCCUGAUUUUGUGGUGGCUUAAAUGCUGUUUGGUGCAAACUUGAAAGAAAUGCUGAGAGCUUCUUUAAGCCUUGAUGCUCAGCACGUAAAUUUUUUGGUCAAGGACCAAAACAAAAGAGUUUAAAAACUGGAUAUUAUUACCCCAAAGGUGGAAUCUACCUGAUGAAUUUGCAUAGCUUGCCACUUAGCUUUGGUCAUUUAGCUCUCUAAUGAAAGUGUCUGCAAUGUAUUACACAAUAGAAUCACUGUUUUGUUUGAUGUCUUAAAGGUUGUCAAGGUCCAGUCUAUGUCCCAAAUAUAUUCCAAAUGCUUCUGUCAGUCACUGAGGUGCUGCAGCACUUGCUAAAGCCAGUCACUAUUGACUUCAAAACUCUUCUGUUACUAGAAUGGCAAUGAGCUAGUCCAAGUAUGAAAAGUGGUUUCUUUACCUAGCAUAAGAAACUAAAGUAAGUUGCAGUGUGAUGCUUCAGUGACUUGAAGUCUGUCCCAGAAAGAAAUUCAGAUGUUAACCAGGCACUCCUGCAGUGGUUCUCCCAUAGGAGAUGUUGCUGUUGUAAACAAGUGAAGAGCCACAAUCUUGUUUCUGGCAUUUUAUCUUCAGCCAUGCCCUUCAUCUUCUGCCACUGUUCAUGCUAUGAAAAGUAACUGAUGACCCCUGGGAGAGGUGAAUUCAACUCUCAUACCUUCACAGGAAAAGGAAGCAUCAUUCAUGGCUGUACAGAAAUCUGCCAGACUAGUUCAAGUGCUGGAAUUGUAUCUUUGUGACUGACCUCAAGUGACUGAGAUGCAUCUACUUUGUUCUUUUCCAUGCAAUCAGUGUAGAUGGUCUGGCACUGUAAGUUGGCAUGUUUCAUGUCCUUGAACAAGAACUGAGUGACUUUGAGAGCUGUUCUGCAGCUCAGUUCCUCUGUGACCUCAGUCCUGAGUUCUGCCACGGUGGUCACCCCUCUGGUGUUGAGGGGUGACAGUACUGCAGCAUCAGCUGUCCUUUCAGUCAGCCUGGGCUGGCUUGGGUCCUGUAGGCUUUAACACCAUUUAUAUCCUAAUGGCUUUUACCACAGCAGUGUCAUGAGCAGCAUUCUCAAGUACUGGCUUCCUAAAAUCCAGCUGCACAGUAAUUUGUCUAGGUAGACUUCUUGGUACCUGUGGUAGAAGAGCACAAAGCUGCAGAAAUGUCCGGUGUCAGCUCCAGUAGCUCAAGGCUCAUGUGCAGUAACAGUGUGUCCUCUGCUCAUGGCCAUCAGAUGCUUAAUAUACCACAUCACAGAUGUCUGAGGCAGUGCUUAGGAUAAAGGCUAGAAUAAUUCUGAAUUCUGCACGCUUCAAAGCAGAUAUGGUUCAGACAAACAGCUGUAGUCAAGUUUUCUUACUAGAAUAGGAAGUUUUUUUGCUGUGCAUCUGGUCUGUCUCUAGAUCCCUCUGAAGAAGAGUGCUGCCCACACAAGCUGGCUCUGAGGUCCAUGUUAGGAAUCCCAUUUGGGAUGGCAGAGUUGAUCUUGCCACAGCCAGGUUCAUAUUAAUACAUGACUUGCUCAUACGUAAUCUGGUUCCUGUUACAAAGAGGGGAUUUUACAGGACAGAUUUAAGUACUUAGACACUGGGCACAACUUGUGUUUUUGUGUGUCACACUCAAUGAGCAAGGUCCCUCUGCCUCCCCUGACAGCCCCAGAGUGAGUAUCUUGGCAGCACAAAGUUUUGGUAGAGAACCAGCAGCAGUCUGCUGCUCUGCAUCCUGUAUAUUGUAACAGCAAGUAUUUCUUGAUAAUGUCUUACUUGAAACUUUCUGCUGAGGGCAAGAUGCAUUUCUAAUAUUUGAAAAUGUUCCCUCAAUGUCCCACAAGAAGAAAAAAAGGAAGCAACACUAUCUUUGUAAAGGCAGUAGAGUUUGUUUAAAAAACAAAAGUUUUGUAAAUCAGGUGCUGAAGUGUCAAGUAAAGAUCUAGUUAGAAACUAGCAGAAAUACAUUGGUUCAUUUUACCAGUAAGAGCUUCCUUCUUUCCUUUAAAGAGGACUCAUUCUCUCCUGUGUGGAGCACUAAUGGACUUGCUCAAGAAAGGACUUCAACAUUUAUUUAAAUUUCUUUACUAAACUAAGUUUAGAACUGAUUCAUGAGUUCCUUUCCACUUUUAUUAUUAUGGUACUUCAGACUCCAAGGAGUUUCUUCAAACUUCAGAUAUAACAUAAACACUCAAGUUGGGGUUUUAUGCUCUUCUUUCUUGAAGCUGCUGCUUCAUGACAAAACACCCCUUGAUUGUGAAUGAAGGAUUUGAUUUGGUAUGUCUGAAUCUGAACUAAGACUCCUGUCCCUUGCUGGCAGUGUCCUUGCACUGCUUGAUCACUGCCUCUGGGGCAUGCUUGCAGAGCAGUGAGCAGCUGGUCCUGAAUGCUCAGGGGCAGUGGGGAAACGCCCAGCCUGAAUUCCACAAGCUGUAGGGGAAUUCAGAGCAAGGGGAAAAGCAGGGCAGUGUGUGCAGUGCAGCUCCAGCAGUCUGGACACCUUGGGGUCUGAGGGAUGGAGAUUUUGUUUCUUCCACCUACAAGUGGAAGCUGUUAAGGAAAAGCAUCCAUUUGAAAUUCCUUAAUGUUUUGCUACAUUUCUGUGUGCUGAACUCCAGUCUCUCCUACAGAUGGCUAAGAACAGUUCUCAAAUAUUCCAUAUGUAAGUGGGGGUUUUCUUGUAAGGAUUAUGUAAGUGUAAUUUCAGGAAACAAGCAAGGAGCUGGCAGAAGGGUUUUCUUCCCUAUUAUUUUUUUGACACUGGUGUGAAAAAUGAACAGCCUUAACAAAAGUUGGAAUCUACACUUGUCAGAGCUCUGGGUUUCUAUGCCUGUCAGUUAAGCAAUGCUGGCAUCCAGAACACAAAGCCAUGUUGCAAAGAUGCUGCGUUUGCUGGUUCAAAGCACCUGCCCAGCUGCUGUAGGAAAAGAAGUGAAAUUCAGUUCCCAUAGAUUCAGCCAUCACUAAGCUCAUUCCUCAAAAUAGGGCUCCUCAUUGCUGUGUAAUCACACUGUAAGACUUCCCCACUUCUGGGAGCCCUUCUCAAGUGAAGCUCAGAUGCCCAAACUUGAGUUGUGGGCUGGUAUAAGGUCUGCCUGCUCUAAGGAUGCUUAUAUUAAUUGCCACUAGCUGUGUGUUUAUUAACUGGAUGGAGGAAUAUUUUGUUGCCUCUUGCACUUCUGCUACUCUUAGGUUUUCUCAUCUUCCAGGCACCAGGAGACAGAAACUCUCAAAAGAGGUGGUAAAGAACAUGUUGCUUAACAAAAGGCGUUAAUGCCUCAUAAAUUAUAAUUUCAGCUCCCAAGAUAGCAGUUGGAGUAUAAACACAAGCUCUUAAAAGUGUGUGGUGGCUGACUCCUAGCUGAAUUCUUCAUUUUCUGCACUUGAAAUGUGAAGACUUCAACCACUUACUACACAUGUAAAUAACAGUGAAAACAACUAAAUGUGACUGUUGGCACUGUAGAAUACUAAACCAGGAAUGUGCUUGAUGUGACUUACUUGAUACAGCUGCUUAACUUUGGUUUCCUUCUCUUUCCUGGUCAGAAGGAAAUGCAUCAAACAAUGAAAACCAGGAAUCAUUGCAAUGAAAUCCAUCAAGAAUAAUUUUUAACAAAAAUGCAAUUGAGAGCUACACCCAUCAGCCACCUCUACCAAGUGUUGAAAUAGUUUAUUUAAAUUGAUCAGAAAAGGUGGUAGACCCUGAAUGUUGCAGUGCUUGGAAAAGUUUCUUUCCAUAGUUGAUAACCAUAACUCCAGGGGAUAAGGGGGGAGGAGAUGGGAGCAUCAGAAUUUCAAGCAGUGUUUAAGUAUGGAAAAUGUUUACCAUGUAUGUAAAUGGGAUCCUUAGUAGUGACAGAUCAUGUGCAAAUUGACAAGACUUGGAUUUAUUUUUGAAUGGCAAUACAGAUUGUCAAGGUUGUGUAUAAUUAUAAUAAAUAUAUAAACAGCUACUUGAACCAGAAA